AUGGCUACAACAGAACUACCGAAAUUCGAAUUAUUGUCGUUGGCUGAUAACACGUCCGGAUGGGGACCAUUGACAACCAGCUCUUCGUCUGUGGAGCCAGUUCCGUUCCAGCAGUUCAACAAAGCCGAUCGUAUUGGUCGUGUUGCUGACUGGAUUGGAGUCGAUCGUUUCUUCCGAAGAGGAAAUGAGAGAUACAACGAGCGCGUCUACGGAUCCGCUGCCAAUGCUGGAAGCCAAUUCGACUACAUCCACGGAAUGGAUGAGCACAACUUCCAACUCGUCGACACUUCGAAACCAAUGGCUCGUAAUCCACAACGCAACUUCCGUGUUCGUCAAAUGCAUCUUCGAAAGAUGAUGCAGAAGGAAGUGGAGAAGCGUGAGAUGGUGAACCAAACCACCAACUUAAGAAUGAAGAGAAGUAUCGCCAAGGAGCAACAACGAGCCUUCAAGAUGUGGCAACGUCGCGGAGGAAACGCUCGUCAAGGACAACGUGGUCAAGGUGGACGUUUCGGAGGAGAUCGGCCGAAGGAGCGUCUUCCAUCUGUUCAAGUCCGUCCAGAGUGGGGAGUUCUCGAGGAAAUGAAUCUCAGUGCUUUCUCCAAAUUGGCUCUGCCAAAUAUUCCGGGAGGAGAAGAUAUCGGAGAUCAUCAGUACGGAAGUCUUCAAUAUUACGAUAAGACUGUUGAUCGUGUCUCAGUGAAGAACUCAGUUCCACUUCAAAGAUGUGCAGGAGUUUACUACAACGUCACCACCACCGAGGAUCCAGUGAUUCAAGAACUCGCUCAAGGUGGAGUCGGAAACGUCUUCGGAACCGAUAUCAUUCUUGCCACACUGAUGACAGCUCCAAGAUCUGUCUACUCAUGGGAUAUUGUUGCCUACAGAAUCGGAGAUAAGCUCUUCUUCGAUAAGAGAAACACAAAAGACAUUCUGAAUCCAGUGGAAACCCUGACCGUCUCUGAAACCAGCGCGGAGCCACCAUCCUUCGAUGGAAAUGGCCUCAACAACGCCAGAGAUCUGGCCACUGAAGCUUUCUACAUUAACCAGAACUUCCGUCGGCAGGUUGUGAAGAGAAAUGAGCCAGGAUUCACAUUCAAGAACGUUCGUGUUCCAUUUGAAGAUGAGGAGACAGGAGACGCCACAGGAACCGCUUACAAAUACCGCAAAUGGAACCUUGGAAACGGUGUCGACGGAAAGCCAGUUGAGUUGGUUUGCCGUACUGAAUUGGAUGGAGUCAUUCACGGACUCGGAAACGAGACCCAAACCCUCACAAUCAAAGCAUUCAACGAGUGGGACAGCUCGCAAGCCGGAGGAGUCGACUGGAGAACAAAACUCGACGUUCAGAAGGGAGCUGUUAUGGCUACUGAGAUCAAGAACAACUCAGCAAAGGUUGCCAAAUGGACACUGCAAGCCCUUCUCGCCGGAUCGGAUACCAUGAAGCUGGGAUAUGUCUCUCGUAACAACGCCAGAAGCACCCAAAACCACUCGAUUCUGAAUACACAAUACGUGAAACCAACCGAGUUCGCCAGUAACAUUGCCUUGAACAUGGAUAACUGCUGGGGAAUCCUAAGAUGUGUCAUUGACAGUUGCAUGAAGCAAAAGCCAGGAAAGUACUUGCUGAUGAAGGACCCACAGUCACCGGUGAUUCGUCUCUACUCACUGCCAGAAGGAACAUUCGAUAGCGAACGUGAGAGCUCUGAAGAAGAGAAUUCCGAUGACGAUCAGUAA